AUGCUUGCACGUUCCGUUAGACCAUGCUCUCUCUUGAAAUCAACUGUUAUUAGGUCUGCACCUGUUAGAGCCUAUUCCGAUCACCAUGACAAUCACGAUGCCCACCAUGAGGAACAUGGUCAUGGCCACGAUCACGGUCAUGAACUUGCAGAAAGCGAACCAAUUAUCAACAAAAACACAGGUAUCUUUUUAGGUGCUGUUGCAUCCAUUGCAGGUUUUUAUUACCUCAACAAAUCUUAUAAAGCCUCUCACGAUGGUGCUGCACUGAAUUCCAUUAUUAAAGAUGUUGCGUCUCCAUUGAACGAUUUGAAGGAAAAUUACAAUGCCUACAGGGAAAGGGUUGCCAAACAAGCUGCUCUCCAAGAGAUGAUGAUGUUCCCAAGCGAGAAGAAGACAUACUCUAACUUGGUUACCAGAAUCGAUGAAGUUCCAGGUAGACUAUGGGCAAGUGGAUCAAACACCCAAUUCAACGUCAUCCACAACCAUUCUGAACUUGCCCCAAGAAAGACCAAGGAAUCUCCCUUCUACUAA